AUGGCAACGCUGAGCCUAGGAAUUCGGUCGACGCCGAUCGUCGAAGCACCUGAGUUGAGGCCUAAGGCCAAGGGUUGGUUAAGAUUGGGAAAAAAGAAAGGAAGUGAAAUUUUGAGAGACCUCACUCAACGUUACCGACAACGGUACCCAAGUGGAAGCAACAGUGCCAUCUGGUUCUACAUAAAUGAGCGUAAUCGGCAAGAAGAUAGCUGGUUCCUGGUCAAAUAUCUCAAUGUAUUCGUAAUGGCCAAGGAUUCGAAACAUACAAGAAUUGAGGAGCCACAACAGGAGCUCCCACACCACAGACGCAUCAGAAAAAACAUCAAGUUGUAUUGGGAGUCCGACAUGCAUAUUGAUAAUUCGAGUGGGAGGAAUACACGGAUGCUCCAACAUCAAGUUCAGGACCUAUCAGUUCAACAUUCAUAUGUGGUCAUGGCAUUCUCUUGGUACUCAUGGUUGGUAAAAGCUGCAUGCGCAUGCUGGAAUGCUGGAAUGCUCAAAUUCUCUCACAGAUUCAAACAAGAUGAAUACUUGUCUGAUCUACUUGUCACUUAG